AACAAGAUUUUCUGCAGCUUCCCCUUCCAUUUUCCGAGCUGCAAAACUUCACUCUUCGCCGAACUCUUGCCAGUCCCCACAAGUAGUUCACGCUUUUUGCUUUCUUUUCUUCCUCUUCUUCGCCUAGCACAGGAAAGAGACCGACCAUGGCUCCCAAAAAUAAGAAGGGCAAGAAGGGUGGCGACGACGACUGGGAAGCAGAGCUCGGAGAGUCCAUCCCUCCCACCACCGGCGAUGACGCACCCCCUGCCAACGGCGACAACAAUGACGAAGACGGUACCCCCGCCACUGGUCUCAUGGCCAUGAUGAACAGACGUCGCGAGAAGCGGAAGAAGCAGGGUCUCGGCGACUUUGAGGAGCCCAAGGCAGAGCCCGCAGAGGAGCCCGCCGCCCCUCCAGCACCCGUCGAGGCCAGCAUUGACGACGAGUUCGCCCUGCCCGACAAGAAGGGCAAGGGUGGCAAGGGUGGCAAACAAGCGCCGCCCCCCAAGGCUGCUGCCGGAGACGACGAGGCCGGUGAGGACGGACGCAUCCUGACCAAGGCUGAGAAGGAGAAGCUCAAGAAGGAGAGAGAGAAGCAGAGAAAGAAGGAGCAGGCUGCCAAGAAGACCGCCGGCAAACCCGCCCCGAAAGCUGAUGCCGCCAAGCCCGUGGUCGAAGAGAAGAAGAAAGAAACUCCCGUGGCCGCCGCGCCAGAGCCCGCCGCCGGCAAGAAGGGCAAGAAGCUGCCUCCUCACCUAGCAGCCCUCCAGAAGCAGCAAGAAGAGCUGCGGAAACGACGCGAAGCCGAAGAGAAGGCAGAAGCCGAGGAGAAGGCACGCAUUGAUGCAUUGGAGAAAGAGGAGAUUGAGGAGAUCAAGCGAAGAGAAGAGGCCAAGGCUGCUAAGAAGCAGAAAGAGAAGGAGAGAAUCGACCAGCUCAAGAAGGAGGGCAAGUUUAUGACCAAGGCCCAAAAGGAGGAGAAGGCCCGCAAUGAACGUAAACUCCAGCAAAUGCUCGACGCUGGUAUCAAGGUUGGCCCAUCGGAAGACGGUGAAGAGAAGAAGAAGAAACCUGUCUAUGAGAACCGGAAACGUGGCAAGAACACCAAGGUCGACGAGGAAAAGGCACUUGCUGAAGCUGCCGAGCGAGCAAGGCUAGAAGCUGAGAGAGUCGCCAAGGAGGCAGAAGACAAGGCUGCCAAGGAGAAGGCCGACGCCGAAGCUGCCGCCAAAGCUGCCGCCGCCAAGGAAGAAAGUGACCUUGAUGACGACUGGGAGGCCGCGGCUGCUUCGGACAACGAAGACGUCAAGGACAGCUGGGAUGCCGACUCUGAUGAGGAGGCCGCAAACGGCAAGGCGGAGACGAAGAAUCUCCCCUCGAGACCCAAGGCACAUGAUGACGACGAGGACGACGAAGACUCCGAAUCUGAAGAAGAGUCCGAAGAGGAGUCUUCAGAUGACGAGGAACAGACAGCUGCCAAAGCAGCAGAAGCGCAACGCAAGAGAGAGGCUGCUGAGCGCCGUGAGAAAGCACAUCAGGCCGCCUUGGCUGCGCGAUCCAGCGACAAUCUUCGAUCUCCCAUUUGCUGUAUUCUUGGCCACGUCGAUACUGGAAAGACCAAGUUGCUUGACAAGAUUCGUCAAACAAACGUUCAGGAGGGCGAGGCAGGCGGUAUUACCCAGCAGAUUGGUGCUACAUACUUCCCUGUCGACGCUAUCAAGCAGAAGACCGCCGUUGUCAACCGUGAUGGCGCGUUCGAAUUCAAGGUGCCUGGUCUUUUGAUCAUUGAUACCCCUGGUCACGAGUCCUUCUCCAACCUGCGAUCACGUGGUUCUUCUCUUUGUAACAUUGCCAUUUUGGUCGUCGAUAUCAUGCACGGUCUGGAGCCUCAGACACUGGAAUCGAUGAAGUUGUUGCGCGACAGAAAGACACCUUUUGUCGUCGCAUUGAACAAGAUCGAUCGUUUGUACGGCUGGAAGAUGGUUGCCAACAACGGUUUCCAGGAGAGUUUGGCCCUGCAGAACAAGGGCGUGCAGAACGAGUUCAAAAACCGUCUGGAGCAGACCAAGGUUGCCUUCGCCGAGCAGGGUUUCAACGCCGAGUUGUUCUACGAGAACAAGUCCAUGGCUAAAAAUGUGUCUUUGAUCCCCACUUCAGCUCACACUGGCGAGGGUAUUCCUGACAUGUUGAAGCUCAUCCUCCAGCUUACUCAGGAGAGGAUGGUUGGCUCCCUCAUGUACCUAUCCGAGGUCCAGGCUACUGUUCUUGAAGUCAAGGCCAUCGAAGGUUUCGGUAUGACUAUUGAUGUUAUCUUGUCCAACGGUAUCUUGAAGGAGGGUGACCGAAUAGUUCUCUGUGGUACCGAAGGUGCUAUUGUGACGAAUAUCCGUGCAAUUCUUACGCCUGCGCCGCUCAAAGAAUUGCGUGUCAAGUCUCAAUAUGUCCACAACAAGGAGAUCAAGGCCGCUAUGGGUGUCAAGAUUAGUGCGCCAGGUCUUGAAGGUGCCAUCGCAGGUUCCCGGCUGUUGGUUGUCGGUCCUGAUGACGACGAGGACGACCUUAUUGACGAGGUUGAGGCUGAUCUCAACGUUCUCUUCAGCCGUGUCUCGAGAUCUGGCCGUGGUGUCUCGGUACAAGCAUCAACCCUGGGUUCCCUCGAGGCCUUGCUCGACUUCUUGAAGGACUGCAAGAUUCCAGUUGCCAAUGUUGGUAUUGGCCCAGUCUUCAAGCGUGAUGUUAUGCAGUGUGGAACCAUGUUAGAGAAGUCGCCAGAUUACGCUGUCAUGCUCUGUUUCGAUGUCAAGAUCGACAAAGAAGCGCAGGCUUAUGCCGAUGAUCAGGGUAUCAAGAUUUUCCAGGCCGACAUCAUCUACCACUUGUUCGACAACUUCACCAAGCACAUGGACGCGCAGCUUGAGAAGAAGAAGGAAGAGUCCAAGAUGCUUGCUGUUUUCCCUUGUGUCCUCAACACUGUUGCUGUAUUCAACAAGACAGGCCCCAUCGUCGUCGGUGUCGAUGUUAUCGAUGGUAGCCUGAAGAUCAAUACCCCGAUUGCAGCCGUCAGAAACGGUCCUCAGGGCAAGGAGAUCGUGCCCAUUGGUAGAGUUACUUCUAUCGAGCGUGAUCACAAGGCCAUUCCGGUCUGUAAGAAGGGACAGCCCUCGGUCGCAGUAAAGAUUGAGAUGGGCAGCAACCAGCCCAUAUAUGGUCGACACCUUGAAGAGACGGAUACUCUCUACAGUAUGAUCUCUCGUAAGAGUAUCAACACACUAAAGGAGUUCUACCGUAAAGAUGUGUCGAAUGAUGAGUGGCACCUUAUUGUCAAACUUAAGCCCCUAUUCGAUAUCAACUAAGUUGCUAUGGACUUUGAUGUGGCGAGUCGGUUUCGCUCCAGGGAAGUGUUCAUGAAAAUCCUUGUCCGUAAAGAUGUUGGAAGUGGUCGAUGCAUGUAUGAUUGAGACGGAAGGUUUUGAUGACAGAGCUGGUCGCAUUUACAUCUUCGGUACUGCUCAUGAAUACAUGGAAGAGGAAAAAAAGGAUUCGUCGUUUUGCUUUAGGCGCAUAGGUUGGCUUUCUUUGAUAUUCUUCUCUCUACUUCAUUUUGAUGUUUUUGUGACUCUGGAAUUUGCCAACCAAGCAGCAUGUAUGA